AUGCACUUCCCGUCACCGAAUCGUCGGAGUAGACACUUCGAAGGAGGCUCUCUUCCACCAGGGUCGUCAACCUUGUCUCUUCGAGAUGUACAAGCCGAUGCGUCCGGCUCUCAGUUCCCUCUCACCAACAUCGAUAACCCAAAUGACAUCGCCCAGGAGCUGAGCAAUCUUCAGGCUCUGCGACGCAUGUCCAUGGAUGUGGGCAACAACAUUGAUCCUGACAUGCCACCGAUGGGUUUUUCAGCGAUGCCUGUUAUCGCCCCCACGGGAGAUGACGACGAAAACGACCCGUCAAGACUGCUCUGGGUUCCGGCGAGGGUUCAUCCCGAGCUAGCGCCCAGCGAGUUCAAGUCCUUUCUGGAGAAGCGCGUGCAAUCGAUCAGGCGAAGGUCAGGGGAAUCCUCCUUGUCGACGGAUAGUGAACCGAACCGUAGUGAUUCCGAUUCUUUGCGUCGCAGGAAGUCUAUGCUUUGUCGACAAAUCGACAAUUCAGGCGGUCAAGGUGCUAUAGGAUAUGUCGAUGGAGCUGAGCGACUGGAGGGCAAACGGUCCAGCAGAGGGACCCUCAGCCCGGAGUUGAGCCUUGACGACUUGGUAAAGGAUCCGAGCCGAGCUGUUCAGAAGUUUGCACAGGAGGCUCAAGGCGUCUCUUCUGCAGGAGAGGAAGGCAACUCUGACGACAUGCCGAUUCUUCCAAUGGCCCCAGGAAUGGGAUUAAGGAGGUCCACAAGAACCGCAUAUCGUAAAGGCGGCAGUUUACGCGCCGGUGAUAGAGCUCCUUUUUCGAAGCGCAUGCUGCAGAGAAACCAGGGACGAUCAGCCGACACGGCUGUUGUACCUGACCGCGAAACUCCAGUAGGCUAUUCUUUGAGCAGGGUACAAUCCGAGCCUGUAACGGAGAACUAUUCACGACCGACGCGAUCUAGCAGACGGCAACCAAGUUUCACGCAAGAACCAUCACCGGCAUUGGCUGGCGAUAAUAAUGCACUCCCCGUACAAGAGCAAUUGUCGAUCCGGACGAUAAACGCCACGCCAGCCAAGCUUCUUAAAGACUCCAGCCUACAUGACGAGGACCAAGGUGGCCAGAGCAACGAGAAUUCCACGACCUAUCCCCAGAGGUCAACCUCACAAAGUAGCGGCCCUUCCGCGCCGGAAAUUGCGUCAAAAAUACCUGAAGUCAUAGUUGCAGCACCCUCCGUUACUCAAAGCAGUAAAAACUCAGCAUCUGCGUCUAGUGAUUAUUCAGUUCACAAGAAGAGCCAAGAAGCGCAAAAUUUGUCCAAGUCGCAACUGCCCUCUUCGCAACAACAAUCUUUCAAUACUUCCUUCAGCCCAUCCUCGACACAUUCAAGUGGGAAUGCAUCGCGAACGGAUAAUUUGACGGCUACACCCGCUUUCACUCAGUAUGACAAAAAAUCCGAGAAGAAGUCAAGGAAGGAGCGAGACGACGAUUCGACAAACGCACCAAGCAAAUCAGGGGGUGCAUGGAAGUGGCUUAAGGGCGUGACAGAUGACAAAGACAAAAAGAAGGAGGAAAGCAGACGAGCCAAAGCCAAAGCUCUGGCCGAGAAAACCUCCGAUAAUGCUAGGCUGGACGUCAUCCAGAGCUCCAUUGACAGGACGACAGUAAAGGGGCGUGAAAGCCUUGUUUUGGACAGAGACAACGUAGACAGCAAGCUCUUGGAUGAGAAGAAAAAGGACAGCCACCGUAAAGGCGAAUCUAAACGGGAAAAGGACGGGAGCAUUUUCUCAUCCCUCUUCGGCGGAAGCAAGCGGAAGGAAGAAAAAGAAAAAGCCAAUAAGAAAACGCAACACCUCCAAGUCCCGGAGGAGCCCAUCUACAAGCCUCUGCGACCGGACGUCGACUAUCAUUGGACUCGUUUCCCGCUUCUAGAGGAGAGGGCUAUAUAUAGGAUGGCUCACAUCAAAUUAGCCAAUCCUCGUCGACCUCUUCUCAGUCAGGUCCUGCUGAGCAAUUUCAUGUACAGCUAUCUAGCAAUUGUGCAGGCCAUGCAUCCUCAGAUGAAUGUGCCUACUUCGCCUCAGCAAAAGAGAUUAGAGGAGGAAGCUCGACGGAAGCGGCAAGAACAAGAAUACAUUGACCGACAGCAAAUGGAAGAGGAGGGUGAGGAUAACAGUCUGGAGCAGUACAAUUUUGACUAUCACAGAGCUGCUGUUCAGUAUGCGGAGUCUGGCGUUGACGGUCAAGCCGACUAUAUUGAUGAGGCUCAGAUAUACGAAGACGAGCAUAGAAACGACAAUCACGAUGGGUACGACUACGACAACGAUGAAGGCUACAGUCAUAGUGUCAAGGAUUACUAUCAAUAUCAAGGCAAUGAUUCAGAACAUCGUCAUCACGAUGACGACGAUAUGUGGUGA